AGUGAUGAUGCUGCUGAUCUAUUUGGGAAGUUGGCUGGCUCUCAAGGCAGAGUCUCUUCUCAAAGGCUGUUUCACAGUGAAAAUAUGCUCAGUGCAGCUGAGUGCAUGAAUGAAAAAGCCUCCGGUACCUUCUAGUCUGGCAAAAUGCAGCACAAAACUCAACUUACUCUGCCCUUUCUACUAUCCCAGGUGCUGUUGCUUGUAUUUGCAGAAGAUUUAGAAUGCACCCCUGGAUUCCAGCAAAAGGUUUUUCAUAUUGAACAGCCAUCUGAAUUCACAGAGGACCAGCCAGUUCUGAACUUGGUGUUUGAUGACUGCAAGGGGAAUGACAAGUUGAACUUUGAAGUUUCUAACCCAGACUUUAAGGUGGAACCCAAUGGAUCUUUAGUUGCACUGAAAAAUAUAACUGAAGCUGGCAGAGCUUUGUUCAUCCAUGCCCGGUCUGCCCAGGCUGAAGAUAUGGCAGAAGUUCUAAUUGUCAGAGGGAAAGACUAUCAUGGCUCUUUAAAGGAAAUCUUUAAGAUUGAAGAUGGCAGUCUUGGAAUUCUAAGACAAAAAAGGGCCAUUGUGGCAACAGCAAUGUUAAUUCCAGAAAAUCAGAGACCGCCAUUCCCCAGAGUCGUGGGCAGGGUUAUCGACAGUGAUGGAACAGAGGGAUCAAAGUUUCGACUUUCUGGAAAGGGAGUGGAUCAGGAGCCAAAAGGAGUAUUCAAAAUCAAUGAGAACACUGGGGAAAUCUCAGUGACACGGUCCCUUGAUAGAGAAGCCAUUCCCACUUAUCAACUGCAGGUUGAGAUCACUGAUGUCAGCGGCAAAAGUAUUGAAGGCCCUGUCCUUCUAGAUAUCAUUGUUAUUGAUCAGAAUGACAACAGACCCAUCUUCCGGGAAGGGCCAUACGUUGGACAUGUCAUGGAAGGAUCACCUACAGGAAGCACUGUGAUGCGCAUGAUGGCCUUUGAUGCUGAUGACCCUGGUACAGACAAUGCUCUUUUGAGGUAUAAUAUCCUUAAGCAGACUCCUGACAAACCAUCUCCAAAUAUGUUCUUCAUUGAUCCAGAGAAAGGAGACAUUGUCACAGUGGUAUCACCUGCAUUGUUGGACCGUGAGACGAUGGAAAACCCUAAGUAUGAGCUUAUUAUAGAAGCGAAGGACAUGGCUGGUCUUGAUGUGGGAUUAACUGGCACAGCGACAGCUACCAUUGUUAUUGAUGACAAAAAUGAUCACCCACCAGAAUUCACCAAGAAAGAGUUCCAAGCCACUGUAAAGGAAGGAGUCACAGGAGUGAUAGUGAAUUUAACUGUUGAAGACCGAGAUGACCCAGCAACAGGGGCCUGGAGAGCUGUAUACACCAUUAUCAAUGGAAACCCAGGACAGAGUUUUGAAAUCCAUACCAACCCAAAGACCAAUGAGGGGAUGCUCUCUGUUGUCAAACCUUUAGACUACGAGAUCUCAGCAUUCCACACACUGCUGAUCAAAGUAGAAAAUGAAGACCCACUGGUUCCGGACAUAGCCUACGGCCCCAGUUCUACAGCAACAGUUCAGAUCACUGUUCUGGAUGUAAAUGAAGGCCCUGUUUUCCACCCAGACCCAAUGAUGGUAACCAAACAAGAAAACAUCCCCACAGGCAGUGUUGUGUUAACAGUAAACGCCACAGAUCCAGAUACCUUGCAACACCAGACUAUUCGGUAUUCUGUUUAUAAGGAUCCGGCAGGAUGGCUGGAAAUUAAUCCUACAAAUGGAACCAUUUUCACCACUGCUGUCCUGGAUCGUGAAUCACCCUAUGUCCACAACAAUGUCUAUACAGCACUGUUUUUGGCAAUAGACAGUGGCAACCCUCCUGCAUCUGGCACGGGAACUUUACAGAUAACUCUGGAAGACGUCAAUGACAAUGCCCCUGCCAUUUAUCCAACAUUGGCAAAAGUCUGUGAUGACGCAAAAGAUCUCAGGGUUGUGGUCUUGGGGGCAUCGGAUAAGGACCUUCACCCUAACACGGAUCCAUUCAAGUUUGAACUGAGUAAACAGUCUGGCCCAGAUAAAGUGUGGAAAAUCACCAAGAUCAACAACACUCAUGCCCAGGUCAGCCUGCUUCAAAACCUGAAGAAGGCCAAUUACAACAUCCCAAUCUUGGUGACAGAUUCCGGAAAACCACCUCUGACUAACAAUACCGAACUGAAAGUACAAGUGUGUUCCUGCAAGAAAUCCAAAAUGGACUGCAGUGCAGCUGAUGCCCUUCAUAUCAGCAUGAUCCUAAUCCUUCUCUUUUCACUCUUCAGUUUAUUUUGUCUGUAAGAACUCCUGACAUUUGAAGCUGUCCUACCGAGUUGCCAUGGCAACAAGAAAGGGAAAACAUCAAAUCUGAAGAUUGCAGUUUACAGUUACUGUUCUUCACUUCUAGGCCUCAGUUGCUCCAGAUUCAGUUUAAUUUGCAACCUCACUUAGUCUAUCCGACUGUACGUCAGUGUUUGGCAACCUCUGCCCUUACUGUUAUUCAAUAAUGGAUUUCUCUUGCAAGAUGCAAGGUUUAAUGCGAAUUUUCACUGAAUGUUAAAAGACCAUGACAUCUCAACUUGACCUUCUGCGAGCUGAAUAUAGAAUGAAUCCAUUUUUUUCUAUCUGUUGACUUGUUGCUAUUCAACUGUUCAAAAACAAAUAUUUUGUCUGUGGGAUGGUAUUUGUAUAUGUAUGAAUGUAUGUGUGUAUAUAUAUUUAUAUGCAGAGAAGAGAUAUACAAUAGGUUUAGCUUUUAUGAGACAUUUGCCUGAAGUUUGGGAAGGACAAGACAGAGUAACAGAGCCAUAGGUGAGUUAUAAUUGUCCUGUCAUAGCUAAACCCAUUGUAUAUGUUGUCUAUACAAUGGUGUAACACAAAAGGCGAGAGCAACUGCAACUAUACCAUUAAAAUUGCUGUGUCAGUACUGCCAGCUAUACCAGGGCCAGUCCUCCACAAUGUCACUUCUUUUACCUCAGGCUCAGUGUACAAGAGACGCAAAUUCCCAAUGCUCUAUUUCCGAUCAAGAUUUCUUUCCUUCAGCCACAGAUGGUACUGAUGAGGCAGCAGUGAAAGCAGCUUUUCACUCCACAUUACAGUGACAGCAGCCCUGGGAGAUAAGGAGGCUGUGAUCUGCAAGGGGGCUGAAAGCAGUCAAAUGCACUAUGGGUCAUUUUCUAUAAUAUUGGGACACUCUGGGCUUGAUUUUAAAAGGGCCAUAACCCAGCCUCUCUUUUUGCUCCUGCCGAUAAUUAUUUGCUGGUGCAGUUGAGGACAUUUUAAACUUCUUAGUGCCUGAUCUGCAGGGGCAAUCAGAUAGGAAGAUGUUUACGUGUCAGAAGGCCUAUGCAAAUAGUAGGAGUAGAGGGAUUUCUCAGAUGCAUUGAUCAUCUCUCUUUCGACUUCUUAACCACAAAGGCCUGUUCUCGCUCUGCCCCCAUACAGCUCUCAUUGACGUCCCUGAGCAUAGUGAGGAAAUUGUAUUGUAUAAAUAUAUUCAUAUAUACAGUUUGGAGAGUAUAUAUAUAUAUAUACACACACACACACACAUAUACAUGUAUGCACAGUUUUCAAUUAAAACUAACAAGAUCAUUUCUCUGUGUGUGUGAAAUAACCACACUUGUUUGCAAACCUGGAAUUAAAAGGUGUCAUUAUGUAUGAAUAUUAAGCCUUUUUUUUAUUCUGUGAGCAUGUAAGGUAAACAAAAAACUUCUAACUGUAUCAAGAUGAUGAUCCUGUUAAUAAAUUGUAAAUGAUCCAUCAAAGCUCACACCAAAUUUUUUAUAAAAUUAACACACACAAAAAAUUAUAUUAGUGGCAGACCAUGGCUUUUACUAGAACUUGCCAGUAACUAGGGUGAGGUUAAAUGUCUUAGAAUAUUUUAAUAAACUUGCUUAUUUAAACUUUAAACAACAAUGCUUUCUUACGCAAUAGAACGUCACAGCUGCAUUUUUUGGUUAGCAUUUUUACAGUACUUAUGCGUCAUUCUGUAUGUUGUCAUUACUGCAGUGAGAUUAUACACAUACCUCCACAUCAUGUAUAUGUUUCAAUAUUAAAGCUUUUUGGAAGUAUAAAAAAUAAAUUCCAAACACACAUUUAGUUUUUUUCAUGAUGUUACACUAGAUAGUAAAUGUGUACUGAUGGUGAAAAAUUGCUGUACAAUAGCUUUUCUCUGACUUCCUGUAUUAUACCAAAUAUUACAACAGGUCCUUUUUAAGUAAAGUAAUAAUAAUAAUAAUUAAUAAUGGUGACAGCAAAAAAGUUAGUUUAUGUUGUGGACUUCCCUAAAUUUUUAGAUUUCUUCAUAAGAUAUAAACUGCCUUGAUACAAAAAGCUGUUUUUUUCUCUGAGAGCUUAAUACUUGAAGUCUGCACCCAGCAAAAACUCUCACUGACCUUGCUUCUUUCACAGCACGUCAUAGGUGUCUGAGUUACCACAGUAGUACUUAAAGGUCAAUGGGGGGUUCUUUAGAAAAGAAUUUCAGAAAGGUUCAUUAAGCAACUGCAGGCCUUUAAGCAGGAAGUGCCUGAUCUCAAAUGUUACUCCUACCUGAACAUGGGCAUGCUUCCAUUCCAUGCCAUCUGCCCCAGGCAUUGUGGUAAGCAAAUGCUGCUGCUUUAUCACCAAUCACUUAUACAUAUAAACAAGUGUUAAAUGCAAAAUUUGCAAAAGGAAAAUAGAUGAAUGCUAAAUACACUGGUUUCAGAGUAGCAACCAUGUUAGUCUGUAUUCGCAAAAAGAAAAGGAGUACUUGUGGCACCUUAGAGACUAACAAAUUUAUUAGAGCAUAAGCUUUCGUGAGCUACAGCUCACUUCAUCGGAUGCAUCCAAUGAAGUGAGCUGUGGCUCACGAAAGCUUGUGCUCGAAUAAAUUUGUUAGUCUCUAAGGUGCCACAAGUACUCCUUUUCUUUUUGCUAAAUACACUGUGGAUCUUUCCCAAAGAGGAAUUGCAUCCCAUGCCUUGGUCUACUAAACUCUUCGCUUGAGUGUAACGGAAACAACAACUAUCCUUCCACAUAAAUAUAUUUUUCUAAUGGGAUCCUUCCUCCCCUGCAAAUGGGCAUCAUUCAAAAUCUGUCAGUGAAAAGAUUCCCAUUGACUUCACUGGGCUUUGCGUGAGUCAUUAUGAGAAGCUAUCCCUGCUUCUUGUUCAGAACCUAGCACAUUAUGGAUCCUCCUAAGGGGGCCCAAAUCCAGGAAUAAAAAUUUUCUGUUUGAAUCUGUCCUAGCAACAAGCUACUGGGUAAAGCCAGUUGCCUAUCCUUUACCUGUGCAAUAAGAGUCCACAGUGCAGAGUAACAUCUCAAAUAAUAUUGCAAAAAAAUUGACCUAUACAUGGGGUGGCUAUCAAUGAGGAUAUUCCCCAGUGGAGGCUCUGGAUCACAGAGGUACCAAUACCUCCCUGACUUUCUCAUCCAAAACUGGGGGAAGGGGAGGUUCUGAAACCUCAGUCCCCAUCCUCUCCUGUUCAUAUACCCGAAGGCUCCAGCUGGAGUUAACCUCUGGGCAUUCGAGGCACGAAAAGAGGAACCCUACCUGCCAUCUUAAUAUUUUUUCCUCCUUUCCCAAGUUCCCAUAUUCAAGAAAGAACAUCUAUCAAGAAGCCCAAUAGGCCAAAUCUUACAGUCUUAUUCAAGAGAGAAUCUCCAUUAAAACUUAUGGGGUUCCUUACAUGAGGGAAAAGGCCCAAGAUGAUGUCAUUUCCUGAAACUCAGAAACUAUCAGAAUUUGGAAGCAUUUCAUGUCAUGCAAAAUCAGAAAAGAUCAAAAAGAAAAACCUCAUAACUUUUGCUCUUCCUUUUUAUGUUGGAUUAAGUUUAAAAUUUGUUCAGGUAUACCUUGCUAUUUUCAUAAUCCAUCAGUUAUUUUAAUUUAGCUAUUUUAGUUGCUACAACAUUUAUUUCUCUCUGUAUGUAUGUGUGUGUAAUACAUGCAAAGUUGUCUAUUUCAAAAGACACUGCAUUUAAUCAUUUUCAUUUUGAAGCAUAUGCAAAGCAUCACCAGUAUAAAUAAUUUAAUUUCAAAACCCUGUAUUUUCUGGUAAAACACGAAUCCAAUAUGACAGUUAUCAAGUUAAUCAAAGAAUGGUGUUGAUUAGCAGCUUAAUUGUGUCAUUUUCAGUGUACUUGCUAACUGAAACACUGUCAAUACACCUCAUGAGUGUGCUCGCAUUAUGCCUAUGUGCAUAUAUUAAUGUACAUUAUGUUCAGUAACUGCAGGUCUGAAGCUCAAAACAAAAGAAAACCAGCUGAAUUUCAUGGUGGGGAUCAAAUAAGAGUUAGAUUACAGUGGAACAAUGUUUUGGUAAUAUACCCAUGGAGCCAGAUUCUCAUCACAUUUCCAUGAAUAACUCCAUUGACCAGAGAUGAAAGAUGAAAAUCCAGCCUGUCUGUAAGACCCUAUACCUUCAGAUAUUUCAUCUCAUUUCUCAACACAUUGCUUUAUUCAGUCUGCUGUACAUAGUAAAAUAACAUAACUUGUCAUAAGACAUUUGGAAAUCAUUUAUCUGUAUUGUAGGUCUGUCUUGAACUUAGGGAAACCUACUGUCUAGAUGACUCACUUCCUUCACUGACCCCUUUAAAGUAUCCCUAAAGUCCACAGCACAAUUUGGUUUAACUUUUAUUUAGAAUGACCACACUUCUAGUCAAGUAACUCUUGUUGGUCUCUUUGGUGAUCAUUUAAACUAGGGUCCUCUGUAAUACAAUCUCAUUUAUUAGAUUAAGGAUUUCCAGUCAGUUGAUAGGUGACCUGGUUUAAAUGCUUUAUUUUAUCGUUACAGAAAAAGAGAAGCCUGUGUGUUAUGGUUAUGUUUGUUUUACCACUAGUCAUUCCUUUGCAUCACUAGUUUCCUAAAGCAUGGUGAUUGCUAAUUUGCCCCCUCUGUUUUUACCAAUAUAUUCAGCCAUUUGAUCACACAGUAGAGUUUUGUAAACGGAUCACAUUAUUGUUUGUCCAGAAGCCAAAUUCUUACCAAAUGUGCUUAUCUUAUUUCAUGUAAAAAUGUUGAGUAAAAGAUGAAUGACAAUAAAAAAUGACACUGGCUCAAGAAUAGCAGGUCCAAGAAAAAAUAUAGGAUUAUGUAUUCCCAUUACGGUAUCUGUAGAAACUUCUGUUGUCCAAAUGCUACAUCUCCCAAAGGGAGCAAAAAACCAAAACCAACAACAAUUCUUUCCCAUUUAGCUCUUGGUGAUUUGUAACCUUGAAGUUCACAUGCAAAUUAUUUCAGAAAACAAAGCUAGAUACAGAUAACUAUUUUACUGUGUAAAACUUACAGCCCAUUGCUGUGACUACUUUACCUAACCACAAGUUAUGAUGAUUGCUAACGUCUCAAUGUCCAAAUGAAAUGAAUACACACAAAAAUUCUCAGUGAAAGUUACUAGUUGCACAAUUGCUAUAUGUGUGUAUAUAUGUAGAUAUAUAGAGAUACACACAUACAUAUAUAGAGCUAUAUAUAAUAUAUGUAGAGGGGGAGAGUGAGAUUACACAGCAUGGGGAUUUGGAAUAAGCAGUUUAAUUCUAUGAAUUAUGGAUGAACACUCAACACAAGAUGGGGCGUGGUUUAUGCAUGGUCAACCCAAACUGCUGAAAAUAAAUAGUUUAUUCCCACCUCUGAUGUUGUAUUGAUUUAAGCCUCGCUCGGCUCUCUCUCUCUCUUUAUAUUGAUUUACAUAAUUUGAAGAUAUGCAUACUUGUUUACUGACUCCUUUUGUUUUAGUUGUCUAUGUACCAGCAAGUCAGUAGCACUGUGAAGUGGGAUACAGAAAGAACCCUAACUUUCUUCAGUAUUAGCAGGAUGACUAUAUGGAGCUAUACCCAUCCUCUGAAAGUUAUGCUUCUCCUCUGCAUUAAUAAGUGGCUGUAUUUGAUGUUUUGAGGUUAAAUGAAUGUACUCUAAAGGGACAGUGCAUGCAUGGGCAUGCAUACACGCCCUGCCCAUGAACUAGGAUUUGUAAAAUGAAAGUGUGUAUGGUGGCAAAUUCAGUACAGAUAUGCUGUGUGAUUAAUUGAAACGUCCAAUGGUAACCUCCUGUAUCGUCACAUUUGCCCCAUAAUGAACUGUGUCUCCUUCAGUCAUCACCAGGAAUUUUUGUUUGGAUUUGAAUAUUUUAUUCAGCUACUUUUCCAGUUAAUGGUUCCUUUAGGCCCUAAUUGCUGAAUUGCUUGCCGUUUCUGAGGUGUAAAUAAACGUUUUGAUUUAUGA